UAGAUUUGGCGCAGGAGCAGAGGAGAGAGAAUGAGAAGGGGAAGAGAGAGAAGGAAAAGGAUGUGAGGGAGAGAGAGAGAGGGUGACGAAGGCUUUAAAUAAGGGCUCAUGGCCCGUGAUAGAAGAGGCAAAGCAGUAGUAGUGUCUACUUCUAACGCAUCUUGUAUUUCUCCUUCUUCCUUCGUUGACAGAGAGAGAGAGAGAGAGAAACAGAGAGGCUAUGGAGGGGAAGAAAUCAUUUGUUGAUGAUCUGUUCCCGAGAAGAGAAGCAGCGAAGUCUGAUAUACUCAGCUCCAUAUUCCCGCCACCAACAACUGGAGGUGGAAAGGAUUCUUCUCAUUCAGAUUUCAAUGGGACUUGGAGAAAACAGGGAGAAGGAAAUAGCCGUGGAAGCCCAAGCAAAAACCAGAGCUCGGGCAAGAAGUACAGCAACCCAGUCUAUCUUUAUGAACUACAAGAACCCUGUCUUAUGAGCUCCUCUGUGUAUUACGGUGGACGGGAUGACUUCAUUCCAGAAUCUUCCACCUCCAAUAAUUCCUCAACCUAUUUUAAUUGCAAAGCGGAUAAGGAGGAUGAUUCAGCCGAUACAGAUGUCGCGACGAGAGGGGAUUGGUGGCAAGGUUCGUUUUACUACUGAAGAUAUUUUCAGCGUCUGUGUUACAAUAGUUUAAUCCAUAACAGGUAUUUUUUAUAUGCAUUUACCCAUUCAAAUCUAUGAAUAAGAUUUCAGUAUAAAGCC